AUGUUCAGGUGCCACAUCCACCAGAUGCUGUGCAUCGGCGGCAGCCAGUUCCCCUUCGGGUGGUCGUUCGUGUCCAUAGCUAAGGUGCCGAUGACGUGGAACCCCACGGAUGUCUGGACGGCGGAGGUGGAGCUGCCCGCCGGUAUGCGCCUGGAAUACAAAUACGUGAUACUGGAAGAGCAGGACUGGACGAAACAGGAGGAUGAAGACGCAGAAGGCGUCAUGGAAUGGACAUACAGGACAGGGACUGAGCCUGGCCGGCCACCAGACGUGCAGACGAUUCGAAAGCAGAUGGCCAUCGUGGAUUGGCAACCCGGGCCCAACCGCGUUGUAGAUGUUCCCACUGUGGAGGAAUUGUCCAAGUUAAAACCUGGGGAGGCUGUGGCACGUACACCAGCACAGCCACGGCCCCUGGUCAGUUCCUCCUCCAUACGUCGCAGGAGCUCCACGCUGGCACUCUUUCCACCCCAAAGGAUGUGGGAGUUUGAGCAGCUAGGCAUGGAGCAAUCUGAACCCAGUCAAGUCGUGUGGGAGGAGCUCUCGAUCGAUGAGGAUGGGAGGCCAUUGUUGAAGCGCAACGAUGUGUGGCCUUACUAUAUUCACAAGGCGGACACUUCUUCCGAUCAGUAUCCUGAUUAG